AUGUCAAAGAUUCCCAUUCCAAAGGGCCUUAUCGAGGAGCCUAUAGAGCACGCCGUUGAUAUCAUUGGCAAGACAUUUGCUUCGGAUCCAUUCCAACGAUUCUGUUGCAUGGAAGAGAUGAAAGAGGCUGGUACAUUGGAUGUCCCACUCGAGAUAAACACAGCAAUCUUCAGAGAAAUCAUAUGCGGUCUGGUGGAGAAUGGGGGAAGAUGCAUCACAGUUGCAAACAGCGGAAUUUCCAGUGUAUGGACCCUAGACGCCGUGCACGAUGAAUACCAAGCCAACCCCGCCCACCCCCCCAUGGUCCACAAUAUGAACACAAUCGCGCAUUCCAUCCGACGAGCCAACAUGCCCCCCUCCGCAACCCACUGCCUGCACCUCGCCGUCAUCGGGAACGAUCGCUCGCACCCCAGCAACGACUCCAGCCGCAACGCCAAAGCCAGCGAUGUAAUGCGGCCCGUCAUGGCGAUAGCGCGGGAAAAAGGGUGGCCAGUAAUGCUAGAGGCGACGAGUCCAAAAGGUAGAGAUAUGUAUCUACAUUUGGGAUUUCAAAACUUGUCGGAGAUACAUGUUGGGCAGGGGCAGUGCGAUGUCGAGGGGAGGGCUAAGGAGGGGGGUGAGGGCAUGCCGUUGUGGGUUAUGAUGUAUACGUAG